AUGGCCCCGCCGGCUAUCUUGAACGUCCGACCCCCAACUGCCGAAUCUUCAAUCCCUGGGGUAUCGUCUCCAACUUAUGCGGGCGAUUACAAUGAUGAAUAUAACGGAAAUACCGGCUACGACCAUGGUCCCGGUAUAGACCACAGCCAAUCAAGGAAACCAUCGGUUCCUCAUGAGGGAGAUGGCACGGGCCUGCUUCAAACCAGUGCCCACGACCGGAUGCCUUCCUCGAGUUCCUACGACUCACUGUUCCUUCCCAGGCCUCCAGUCCCAGGGGGUCCCGGCCCAGAUGGCUCGAGGACCGCAACCCUGAUGAGCCAGAACUACGCGUUCAACCCUAACUCGCAACCAGAAUAUGUCUCACAGCCUGAGUUUGACCAAGCCGAAUACGCCCAGGCCGAAUAUCCCCCAGCUGAAUACGCUCAGCCCGAAUUCAUGGACGACGGCAUGGCGUACUAUGACCCUGCAUCUGGUGGCCCAACACGACAAUCUACGAUGCUCGAUUCUCAACAGGGUUACUUUUCCGAUUUUGCAGGGCAGCAGCACGAUGAUUAUAGGGAUAGCUAUGGAGGUGGUUUCCACCGAUACUCUCAGUCCGGCGAGGCUUUCUCACCUACCGCGAACAUGGCACCGCCAUUGAUGCCCGCUACGGAUCUACAGCAUGGACCGGCGAUUGAGCAUUUACUUCCCCUCGAACCACGAGAGAUUCCUUUCGCAUUGAACGACCCCCACGAUAAAAACAUCCCUAUGUCCAACUUUGACAACCUCCCCGCGGUCCUGCGACACCGCGCUCGGGCCCAUCCCAAGCAAGCGGCGUAUUGGGUAUUGGAUCAGAAAGGAAAGGAGCUUGCAUCGAUCACAUGGGAAAAGCUCUCUGCGCGCGCAGAGAAAGUUGCUCAGGUCAUUCGUGACAAGAGUAAUUUGUACCGCGGAGAUAGAGUUGCUCUCAUCUACCGCGAAGCUGAGAUCAUCGAGUUCGCCGUCGCACUUCUGGGCUGCUUCAUCGCAGGAGUGGUCGCGGUGCCAAUCAACAGUCUGGAUGAUUACACAAGUCUGAACUUGGUCCUCACUUCCACUCAAGCACACCUGGCUUUGACAACCGAGAACAACUUGAAGAACUUCCAACGCGAUAUCACUGCCCAGAAGCUCAGCUGGCCGAGAGGUGUCGAGUGGUGGAAAACGAACGAAUUCGGCAGCUUCCAUCCAAAGAAGAAGGAUGACACCCCUGCAUUGCAAGUCCCUGAUUUGGCCUACAUUGAGUUUGCUCGGGCUCCAACUGGUGAUUUACGUGGUGUCGUGAUGAGCCAUCGGACUAUCAUGCACCAGAUGGCCUGUCUGAGUGCCAUAAUCUCCACGGUCCCUACAGAUGCCAGCGCCAGGCAAUAUGCUAGCAAGGGCGAAACGAUCAUCAGUUACCUCGAUCCUCGGCAAGGAAUCGGUAUGAUCAUGGCGAUUCUUUUCACAGUUUACGGUGGCCAUACGACUGUUUGGCAUGAGGAUCGUGCAGUGGAGACACCUGGUCUUUAUGCUCAUCUUAUCACCAAAUAUAAGGCGACAGUCAUGGCGACUGACUACUCUGGUCUGAAGAUCGCCACCUACAACUACCAGCAAGAUCCGAUGUCGACCAGACAUUUCAAGAAGAACUCUGAACCCAAUUUCAGCAGUGUCAAAAUCUGCCUUAUUGAUACCCUCACUCUCGACCCCGAGUUCCAUGAAAUCUUAGCCGACAGAUGGCUUCAACCCAUGAGAAAUCCUCGCGCCAGGGAAAUCGUGGCACCCAUGCUAUGCUUGCCGGAACACGGAGGCAUGGUUAUUAGUAUGCGCGAUUGGCUUGGCGGAGAAGAGCGAAUGGGAUGUUCUUUGACCCACGAGAUGGACCCGGCUGGUCGUGACGAUAAGAAGGAAGACGAGAGCCUUGUCAAGUCCGAGACCAACACUGGCUUUGGAAGUAGUCUUCUGGGUGGUGGGUCACGAGUAUCAGCCCCCAAACAAAGCACCAAAAACGAGCUCAGUGAGGUUCUUUUGGAUAAAGAGGCGUUAAAAAGCAACGAGGUUGUCGUAUUGGCGAUGGGAGAGGAUGCGAGAAAGUACGCCAGCAGUAUGCCACAUGCUGUACGCGUUGGUGCUUUUGGUUAUCCAAUCCCUGAUGCAACCCUUUCCGUUGUCGACCCUGAAACCAAUCUGCUUUGCACACCUAACGUCAUUGGCGAGAUCUGGGUCGACUCUCCAUCUCUUUCUGGUGGCUUCUGGGCUUUGCCCAAACACACAGAGGCCAUUUUCCAUGCCCGUCCCUACAAGUUUGAAGAAGCUAACCCGACUCCGAUUCUUGUGGAGCCCGAGUUCCUGCGAACCGGCCUGCUUGGAUGUGUCAUCGAGGGCAGAUUGUUUGUGUUGGGUCUUUACGAGGACCGUCUCCGUCAGAAGGUGGAGUGGGUUGAACACGGCCAAGAGAUUGUCGAGCACAGAUACUUCUUUGUUCAGCACUUGACUGUCAGUAUCCUGAAGAAGGUGCCCAAAAUCCAUGACUGCACAGCGUUCGAUGUUUUUGUGAAUGAUGAACAUCUCCCUGUGAUUGUGCUGGAAUCUUACUCGGCAUCAACAGCGCCAACAACAUCUGGCGGGCCACCCAGACAGCUUGAUUCCGUCUUACUUGACUCGCUUGCAGACCGAUGUAUGGAAAUUCUGUACCAAGAACAUCACUUGAGAGUGUACUGCGUUCUGCUUACGGCCCCCAACACACUCCCCCGUGUCACCAAGAACGGUAGACAGGAGAUCGGCAACAUGCUCUGUCGCAAGGACUUCGAAACUGGCAUGCUGCAAGCAGUGCAUGUCAAAUUUGGAGUUGAACGAUCUGUGAUGAAUUUGCCCGUCGGUGUCGAUCCCGAGGGUGGUAUUUGGUCUCCACUUGCCAUGGCAUCGAGGCAAGACAUGCUCGCUUAUCAAGAAAAGCAAUACUCUGGUGUUGAUUAUCGUGAUGUGGUUAUGGACGAUCGGACCUCCACACCAUUAAACAACUUCAAUACUAUUGUGGAUCUCCUCCAAUGGCGAGUCUCCCGCCAAGCUGAAGAACUUUCCUACUGUUCGAUCGAUGGUCGCGGAAAAGAAGGAAAAGGCAUCACUUGGAAGAAAUUCGACCUCAAGGUUUCUGCUGUGGCGACCCACCUGAAAAACAAGGUGAAAGUGCGACCAGGCGAUCAUCUCAUAUUGAUGUAUACCCACUCAGAGGAGUACAUUUAUGCUGUUCAUGCUUGUUUCUGCUUGGGUGCUAUUGCCAUUCCAAUGGCGCCCAUCGAUCAGAAUCGCCUUUCGGAAGAUGCGCCUGCAUUCCUUCACAUUAUCGGCGAUUUCGGCGUUAAGGCUAUUAUCGUCAACACGGAGGUCGACCAGGUAAUGAGACAAAAGCUAGUGUCACAGCAUAUCAAGCAAUCCGCACAGGUUCUCCGAAUCGGUGUUCCUGCCAUCUACAAUACCACCAAACCUUCGAAGCAGUCCCACGGAUGUCGCGAGCUUGGCUACACUAUGAAGGAUGCUUGGCUCCAGGGCAACAAGCCCGCUCUGAUCUGGACUUAUUGGACACCAGAUCAGCGCAGAAUUUCCGUCAACAUUUCCCACGAAACAAUCAUGGGAAUGUGCAAGGUUCAAAAAGAGACAUGCCAAAUGACAAGCUCGAGGCCAGUCCUUGGAAGUGUUCGCAGUACCUUGGGUCUCGGAUUCCUUCACACAUGUCUGAUGGGUAUCUUCGUUGGCGCCCCUACCUACCUUGUCUCUCCUGUUGACUUUGCUACAAACCCUAUGACACUUUUCGUUACCCUUGCUCGAUACAAGAUCAAGGACACCUACGCCACCAGUCAGAUGUUGGAUUACGCCAUGAGUGCUAUGGCAGGCAAGGGUUUCCAAUUGCAAGAGUUGAAGAACCUCAUGAUCUCUUCUGAGGGUCGUCCUAGGGUGGAUAUCUAUGGAAAGGUCCGCCUGCACUUUGCCAAUGCUAGCUUGGAUCGCACAGCAAUCAACGUGGUCUACUCACACGUUCUCAAUCCCAUGGUCACUACAAGAUCAUACAUGUGCAUUGAGCCAAUCGAGCUCUGGCUCGACUUGAGAAGCCUUCGCCAGGGUCUAAUCUACCCCGUGGAUCCUGACGCCGACCCAACUGCUCUUCUCUUGCAGGAUUCAGGUAUGGUCCCGGUCAACACGCAAAUCGCGAUUGUGAACCCAGAAACAUGCACCCUCGCCCAUGUUGGAGAGUACGGUGAGAUUUGGAUACAGUCCGAUGCUUGCGCCCAGGGAUUCUACAAAUCAAAGCAGGAGUUCGAUUCCGAGCGAUUGAAUGGCCGUGUUGCGGAUGGCGAUCCUAGUGUGCCCUAUGUCCGCACUGGUGAUCUUGGUUUCCUCCACACUGUUACUCGUCCUAUUGGUCCUAAUGGCCAACCGGUCGAAAUGCAAGUUCUGUUCCUACUCGGCGGUAUUGGUGAGACAUUCGAGGUCAAUGGUCUCAAUCAUUUCCCGGUGGACAUUGAGAACUCAGUAGAGAGGUGUCAUCGCAACAUUGUAAAUGGAGGAUGUGCUAUUUUCCAGGCUGGAGGCUUGGUUGUCGUUGUAGUUGAAGUCACUCGGAAGGCUUAUCUGGCCUCUCUUGUGCCUGUAAUUGUUGAUGCCAUCCUUGCGGAGCACCAGGUCAUCGCUGAUAUCGUUGCUUUCGUCUCGUAUGGCGAUUUCCCUCGCUCACGCCUGGGUGAGAAGCAACGUGGAAAGGUCCUUGCUUCCUGGGUCACCCGGAAGCUUCGGACCAUUGCUCAAUUCAGCAUUCGCGACUUGGAAGGCUCCGACAAUCCAUUUGGAGAAGUUCCUCAUCAUCGCUUGAGUAGGGUCUCCAAGCCUGGAAGCACGAUGGGUGCCAGCGUCCGACAGUCUAGUAUAAACCCAGACAUGGAACCACUUCCACACUCGCCAAUUGGUGUGACAUUGGAGGAGACUAUCCAUCCAUCAGCAACCUAUGCUGCAGACAAUGGCGGCUCCCUGCGACGACUUGAGACUGCCACCGACAACAGCGUCAAAUCAACACCCGUCCCCGAGCCCAACCCUGCUGUGCCUCAUAUCAAAGAACCGCAAUCAGCGACCAUCGUCACCGAGUUUGAUGAUCAUCACUAUGACACAUUGGAUCACCCGGAGGGCGCCCCAGACGCCAACCGUAACUUCCGGUUUAGCUUCGAGACGGCCGCGGAACCCCAAGGUCAUGGAUAUAUCAGUGGUGAGCCGCCAUCCACGGGGCACGGCUCAUUCACCGGUCAGCAAGGAUGGGAGCAUAACAGUGGAGCACCGAUUGGUGUUGCCCACGCCGACCCUGGGCGCCCACGCACGCAAGACAGCGGACUUAUCGACGAUUGGCCCCAAGAAGCGUUGAUAUACCAGUCGGCGCUGGGCGCAGAGGAUGGCCGUCACCCAAGUCAUGCACGAAACCCCUACGACGGCAGCGGGUACGCUGCUUAA